AUGACAGCACCCGAAACCGACGAUGGUCCUCGUCUGAAGAAGAGAAGACGAAUUGUCAUAUCGUGCACUGAAUGUCAUCGAAGAAAGCAGCGAUGUGAUCGUGAAUUUCCAUGUGGGAAUUGCAAGUCUCGAAACAAAGAGUCAUCGUGCGUUUAUGAGACAGGCGCCCCAACAGCUAAGCACAACCAACAUAGCCAACACAACCUUCAAACCACAGGAAAUUCGCCGGCUCUAUCAUCAGGUUUAGUCAAGAAGACUGAGCCUUCACCGUCUGGAUCUAGCGACUCCCUUGACAACGGGCCCAAUGAGCCUUUGUCGUCCAAGGCUGCCGAUUGGGGAUACGCCCAUAACGGCGCAUCUACUAUGGGUAUCCUUAAACGCAUCGAAACACUCACCGACGGCGAAGAGAGCUCUGCAGCUUUGCAUGCAAAGUCUCUGGAUGCAACCGCUGGAUCGCCCGGCAAAGAGCUUGCCUUGAGGGAGAAGUACAAGGCCAUCAUUCGCCAAUUGCCUGCCAGAGAUUACAUUGACAAACUGGUGGAAAUGUAUCUGCAAAGCUUCAAUUGGCAGUACUAUGCUAUCGAUCCCGACAUAUUAUAUGCUCAGCUGCAAGAAUGGAAUUCGCUACCAUUCUCAGCCCUCUCAGACGUAGGUCCUCGAGGGUUGAACCCUGAGCUGCAAGCAUUUCCAGCCCUCGUCUUUCAGAUCAUCGCAACUGCACUACUCCUCCUACCAGAGCGAACAGAUCCAAUAUUCGACUCGCUCAAAUUUGCUGGCGGUAUGAGCUUUGAGGAUCUGGCUAUUGAAUACAGCGAGUCGGGACAGGCGAUUGUUGAUCUUUUGGGGAAGAAGCACCUUUCGCUGGCAACAGUUCAAGCACAAUUUCUCCGGGCGUCAUUUCACAAGUUUACAGCCAAGGUGACUGAUGCAUGGCAUACCAUAUCUGUAGCGAUUCGUGACGCCCAAGACCUGGGAAUGCAUCGCGACAGCUUGGAUCCCAAAGCUGCAGAUUCAAGUGUGGAAGGCAUCUUGGAAAACCAAUGGCUGAUACAGAGGAGACGAAGAAUUUAUAUACUACUUGCCAUCUGGGACUUGAAUUGCGCCAUGAUUCUCGGACGCCCGGGAACGGUUGACUGGAAUCAGACUCUUCCUACACCUCCAGUCGAUGCGCCUAUACCGCAGAACCGUAACAAAACACCAGUUAUUCCUCGAGGAGAAGACGAUCACCCUACGCCUGUGACCCGACUCCUGUGGAACUAUCAGCUUUGUGAGCCCUUGCGGGCUAUCCAGAAUCUCGAAGUCCGGGGCUCAUAUCCCUUGGAUUCCGACAAGAUUGAUCAAAUUCACCAGAGUAUACAGGAUCUGGACAAGGCGAUACCAUCUUACUUCCGUAUGGACAAUCCAGACACACGAUGGGAUCACCUCCCUGAAGCACAAUGGUACACAGAAAACAGAUACUAUUUUGCAAGCUUGCAUGAGUUCAGCAAAAUGGCUCUGCAUCGACCGUUCAUCUUUAACCGUGCCAAGAGCAGGGCAGAAGUUAUCCACGCAAGUCUCAAAACGCUCGAAGUUCAGAAACUGACGUUUGAAGGACUGCCGCAAGACUCGUGGAGGAAUUUUAUGCUCUUCUUUGCAAGUUUCGAUGCAAUUGUGCUGCUCGCAUCUGUAUAUAUCCUUUUCCCUCGAGAGCAUGCAGAGUACACGGACAAGACUAUGGAGCAUUUUCAGUGGACAAUUGAACGCUUUUCUGCGAUUCAGGAGCGCAAUCCGCUGGCCAAGUCCGCCCAAGGCGUGCUUAGAGCCAUUGUUGCCCGGUUCAGAAAAGCCAUGUCGAAGGCCCGAGGUGGUUCACUGCCAUCCAUGACUGAAGGUUCUACAACUGAGUCAAGCAAGACAGCUACGUGUUCUACUCCGGGUAGCUCAACCUUAGGAAGUGGCGACUUUUCGGGACUGGUGACUACGGACUCGACGUGGAUAGAUGAGAUGAACAUGAUGGCGCCUUUCUUUCCAACUGGUGAUCUGGUUUAUAAUGACCUUACGGCGGGUCCAGAUCUAGAGACGCUUUCUUUGCCAUUGGCAGAUAGCCAGGGAGAUGAUUCAAUGUGGCAGUUUGGAGGCGGAUGGGGAGAUGAUACUGUUUGGCAAGUACUCAAUCAGUUUCCAGCUGGAACAGAGACUGGUGCCCCCAAUUUUGGUUUAUAG